GUAGAGGCGGCAGAUGAUGCGAUGAUGUUGUUAAUCGAUAACUUGAGAAAGAUGAAUUUAAAUUUCAUAUCACGUAAAAGCUUCUGCAACUGAAGUUCGCUGACGAGAAAAUAGAAGCAUUUCAAACCUAAAAUGGCUAAGAUAUGUGUGAUAUUCGUGUGUUUGAUCGGUGUCACCUUUGCGGCAGUGAUCCAAGACUCUAAGCCAAUUGAAUCGAAUGCAGCAGCUGUAGCUGCACAAAUUUCUCCAGAGGACAAGAAUUCUGGGGACGAUGAUCUUGAAACUGCUGAAUUCAAGCAUAUCUUUCGACGAAAAUUGGGUUAUGCUGUGCCGGUUGCUGUUCCUGUAGCUCCAGUAUACGUACAACCAGUAGCUGUGCAACCAAUUCCAGUUCAUGUUCCAGUGCAGCCUGUUCAUCAUGUUCAUACUCCGGAUUGUGGUUGCAACGGCGGGGGAUAUAAUCAAGGAGGACAUAGUUACGGAUAUAACUAUAAUUAUCAUUACAAUUAUUGAUAAAUAAGUGAAGCUAGUAAUGUGAAGUUGUAAAUAUAAACUGUGCAGUGGUAUAUAGGAAAAA